UUAAAUAUUCCACAAAUCUGUUAAAUGAAAUUAAAGAGUGUACUUGUAGAUUUGUUGCAUUUUAAUACAUCGUUAUGACAAACUAAUUGUAAUUUGUAACCUGCUGGCCCUCCAGUUAAUAAUAAAGGGUGAAUGUGGCCCUAGGUCUUUCAGUGUUCUGUCCCAUCACCAAUAUUGUUGUCUUCUACUUGUAAGGACACCACAAGCUCCGCAAUUGCUGUGACCGGGUGACGCCAUAUUUUUGUUGUUGUUUCUCUGUUUCUUGUUUUGAGGUUUGCAAAAUCACUGACUGUUUUUGUCAAAGUUUGUGGGAGUUUCGUGCUGUUAAUUGCGACAAUAUUUUGAGAAUGUUAAGCUGUUUGUAAAAGGCAGGCGGCGUUGAGCGGUGGUGGAAUGUCUUGUCGAGAGGGGCAGCAUUUGGCUCACCCAGGCAUUUAGGCUCUGCUGUUUCCCAAGUACUACAAAAUAAGCACUUUGCUCCUUCCCCCACUAACCGCAAAUACCAAACCAUCAUCGACUUCAACACAUGAACUUCAUGCAAAUCACUUUCAUGACGUCAUACAAGUAAACUCAUCGGAACGAGGGUGAGGCAAGAUGGCGACUGCAAUGUGGUCGUGUUCGUGUUGUCUUCGGUUUAAAUUUAGUCCAGAAGAAUUAGAGCAAAGACACAAGAGUCAAGAAAUUGACAGAUUGAUAGAAAAAGAUAAACAAUCUUUACGAAGGCAAGUGAAAUUGUUAUUACUUGGUGCUGGUGAGAGUGGAAAAUCAACGUUUCUGAAGCAAAUGCGAAUUAUCCAUGGUAUUAAGUUCGAACCUGAACUUGUGAAAGAAUACCAACAUGUGAUUUAUCAAAACAUUGUGAAAGGCAUGAAGGUGUUAGUAGAUGCUAGGGACAAACUCAACAUUCCGUGGGAAAAUUCAAAUAAUUCUGGCCAUGGUCAUCACAUCCUUAAGUAUGAAAACAGGAUGAUGUUGGAUGAUAGACUUUUCUUGCAUUAUGCCCCCUCGUUGCAAAGUUUGUGGAAGGAUUCUGGUAUUAGGAAAGCAUUUGAUAGAAGACGAGAGUUUCAGUUGAGUGAUUCAGUACAAUAUUUUUUCAAUGACCUGGAGAGGAUAGCAAGAACAGACUAUGUACCGUCUCAUCUAGACAUUCUGCAUGCACGCAAAGCUACAAAGGGGAUCACAGAAUUUGUUAUCCGUAUCAACAACAUACCUUUCCAGUUUGUGGAUGUUGGUGGUCAGCGGUCACAGAGACAGAAAUGGUUCCAGUGCUUUGACAGUGUCACUUCAAUUCUCUUUCUUGUAUCAUCUUCUGAGUAUGACCAAGUGCUGCUGGAGGACAGACGCACAAACCGCUUGGAGGAAUCACGGAACAUAUUUGACACAAUUGUUAAUAACCUAGUGUUUCGUGGUGUGUCCAUUAUUUUGUUUCUCAAUAAAACAGACCUACUUGUUGAGAAAAUUCGCUCAGGUAUUUCAGAUGUGCGUGCAUAUUUUCCCCAGUUUACUGGUGACCCACGCAACUUGUCUGAUGUUCAAGCAUUUAUUGUAACUAUGUUCACAAGUGUAAAGAGAGACCCAAGGAAGCCAUUAUUUCAUCAUUUCACGACAGCUGUUGACACAGAGAAUAUCAAGGUUGUGUUCAAUGCUGUUAAAGACACUAUCCUACAUAGGAACCUUGAGUCGCUCAUGCUUCAGUGACAACUUGUUCAGGUUGGGAGCUGGAGAAGUGUUAGUCAGUUUGUUAGAUUCUUCUUUGUAUUGGAAUGCAGUAAACUAAUUGCAUGAUUUUGUACCUCAUUUAUUACCUGGCCAUCUGUUGGAUUCAUAUCUAUAAUACUGCAGUUAUGUAUUAAGCUAUGUCUGCGUUCUUAAGAUUUGGAUGUUGCUUUGUUCAAUAUCUUGGGUUGCAUUAUUUUACUGUUAAGACUCCCACUGACUGAAAAGUCUGGAGAAAAAAGGAGAAACAAUUUGUCAUAAUAAGCACUCCUGUCUCAUUUCUGACAUACUUUGGCAAUAUUUGAAAGGUAUUUUUCAACUGAAUAAAUCUCUGAAAAGCAGUCAAAAUGUAUAAACCAGUGGUGGAGCAUUUUUUCAGAAUUGUUAGCCAAAUUUCAAGGUUGGGGGGUCAUGACAAUUUUUGCAAUUGAUUACAUACAUUGUACAAGACAGCUAUGCAGAUUUGGGCAAAAAAUUAUGAAAGAGGAAAGAAAUAUAAAGAAAGAGAAAAAUAGUUAGUGGCUUCUGAGUGUUCCAUAUUUAUUACACCUUGAACUUCAGUUUUUUCAGUGAAAAUAAUGUCUUGGAGUUACAGGGGUUGAGACUGUUUUCUAAUUCUUGAAGUUCAGUGUUGUACCAAGAAUCAGAAAAAUUGCAUAACCUGUUCUUUGAUUGUUUCACCAUUUUUUAAGGAAAAUGUUUGAUCUUCCUAUUUUAAUUAUUUUUCUCUUUGAAGCAAAAUAUGUACAAGAAAUUUACCAUUUUGAUUAGUCCUGUACAACACAGUCACAAUCUUCAUCCUCCAUAAUGCACAGCCACAAGUCAUAACGUGGCACACACCCACAACAAAGGUUACACAGUUAAAAUUGCAAUAAAUGUGAUGCAUCUCACUACAUCAAAAGCCAGCACACAAGCAAGUAGAUUGUUAAAAGUCAAGAUUUUGCUAAUAUCUUAGCUUUCAAAGUCACACAGUCCCUUUGCACUGCAACUCUUCACUGUACUAUAUCUCUUCUUGGUGUGUCUGCACAAACAGCAGGCCGAUAUUAAGGAAGGACUAGGUGGCUUCCAGUUGCUCACUGGUUGUUGCUGCUAAAGAUACAUUUUAUCUGAUCACUUCUCAUCUCUGUGUUCCAGUGUAUGGCAUACCGUAGAACCAUGAAAGUGAGACUUUGUUAUUUUUCAUUUUUGAAAGUGUUUGCCAGGCUAAUGUGGCUGACAUGAAUGCUCCACUGCUGGUAUAAACUGCUUGAACAUAUAGAGUGUGAAAUAUUUAAAAUGCUUUCAACCAUUUAUUCAAAUUGUUUUUAAUUUCAUGAUGAAACAAGUACUGGGUCAAAUGUUAUAAUUUUUCACUUUAAUUUAUUGUGAUCUGAAAAGCAAGUAUGCUCAUAAAUAUUAAUUUUGUGAGCAGAAUUCCUAAGCCAUUACUUUCUCUUAAAAUCUGUAGGUGUUACAAUGUUAAUCACACACGAUUUUAAUGCUGACUGUUAUAUACUAUGGUUCUUCGGUAGGUACUGUCAGUAAAAUAACGGAAUAUGACAUUUUGGCAAGUUUAUUAAUUUCUUUAGUUAUUUCUGGCAGUAACUGAUAUGGUAGAUCUUCCUUGAGGAAAUGAUACUUGGUCGAGAAAUUUCCCUUUUUAACAGAGCCAGAAGCUUCAUUACUGUGUGCACAAAAGUCUGUCAUUAGACUCUCGUCUACAAGGUCAUUCCAGUUAACAUCUUCACAUGUCCUCAGAUCAUACAAAAGAAUCUGUACAUGUCUGCAGUAUUCUGUGACAUUUAUAUAUAGUGAGGAGUUUGCCUGUUUAGUAAUUUGCUCUUUAGGAACCCGAAGGUUCAUAACCAGUGUCACAAAAUGUCUACCCAUGUCAAAGUUUUAUAAAUGCUUACAAGCUUUCUGUCCACACCCCCACCAAGCUGAAGGAUUACCCCUUGUCAGCUGUUUAUAACGUUCAACACAUUCAUAACUAUCCCCCAUACUGAAGG